UAGAUUAAGGAAAAUUAGGUAGAAAACACUGUAAUGUGACCCCGUGGGAAACGCUGAACCGCGUAUAAACAUCCACCGAGGCGGCCGAGACCCAGACCAAGACCCGGACCCCUCCAAGGCUGUGUUUACCUUCUCCGACCAAAAAAACAACAAGAAAACAACAACAACAACAUCAGCUGAAGAAAGGCCGGACCCAGCCCCCAGAAAUACCCCGCACAAAACCCCCGAUAUCUCCGCCCCGAACCCUGCUAGCCACCCCCGGACAGCUGGACAACCUUGGGGCACUCUCUGGCCCCGCACUGACCCCGACGGACCCGCCCCACGUGCCCUGGAUUUUCCCGCAGGCCCCGUUUUGUGAGGACAUUUUUCAAGAUGAUUUAUGUCUUCAUGGUCGAGACGGGGCAAAUGUUGACCUUUGACAUGAACCUGGCGCUGGAGAGCGUUGCGAUCCUUAAGGGCGCCAUCUUCCGGAACACUCGCAUCCCCCCCGACAAACAAGUCCUCCUGGCCAGCGGCGGCGUGGCCCUGGAGGAGAACAAGCGAGUCUGUUUCUACCCCUGUGGGACGGACACCAACCCGAUAUUUCUGUUUUCCAAGAGUGCUAUAGAGGCCCAGCUCGCACCCCUCACGCAGAAUGUGUCGGAUAUGGACGGCGGCGGAGAUCUUAAGGCCCAGGUUGAGGGUUGCCUGAACAUGCCGGCCACGUACAACACAGUGGUCGCGCGCACACAGCUUGCCCAGCAGUUCUACGAGUCUGCCCGUGACCUGAUUAGGACCUGUAUGUGUCUGGUACACGAACAGCACCUCCAGCAGCAAGGUUGGGCAGCAGUGGUCGCCAACUUAGAAGAUAUCGUCCAGGCUUUUAAGGCAAGAUUUGAAAGCCUAAAGUGCUCUUUCGCCGACUACUUAAGUGGCAGAGAGGAAAAAGUGGUGUUACUUCAAUCGUUUGAGGAAGAUUUGAAACUGCUUGCAAGAAUUCCUGUGUUUCCUGAGCUGCUGGGAAGAACGGAAGAGAAGAAGAUGGAAGAGGAGGAGGAGGAGGAGGAGGAAGAGGAAGAGGUGAAGAAGAAGAAGAAGAAGGAAGAGAAGGCGGAGGAAGAGGAGGAGGAGGAAGAGAGAGAAGACAAGAAGGAAGAAGCAGCCAUUGGAAGAGGAGGAGGAGGAGGAGGAGGAAGAGGAGGGAGGAAGAAGAACCAGGUUUCGCUCCUCCACUGGAUCUCCUCAAAGGACCGAGAGAGUGACGUCCGGCAGAUCGCUCAGCAGUGUUUCCGAGGGCUCUCCCAGAUCAGUGAAGGGCUCCUGGACCAGCUGAGCGGCGAGGUGGUGGCGGUGAUGCGUGAGGCCGACCGCCCCGAGAUGAAGGAGGUGAAGGGCCUGGGGGAGCGCCUCUGUGGCCUGGAACAGCUGAUGCACGACGCCGAGUUUGUGGUGCAGGAGCAACAUAACUUCUCCCAGGCGCUGCUCAAGAACCAGGACCGGGCAGGCAAGGUGAACGACCCUUCCAUCUUCCCUGACCUCUGCACAUCACACCGCAAGAACUUGAUGCACAUGUUGCGGAACCACCAGAAGCUUCAGGACAUCAAGCGACGUUGCAUCAAGGCCAAGGAAGAGCUCUCUGAAAACCUUCAUGUCAGACUCAAGUAAGUUUUUUCCCCCUUUCACAUCUCUUCAGUUUUUCCCAUUUUUCUCCACUAUUCUCAAAGGUAUUUUAGUUUGCUUGGUGUUGUUGAGCAAAUUCACAGAGCUCCAAGGGUUUACGCAGCAGCCAUCACGGAGGUCGCGCGGAGACAGGCUUUCUCCAAGGACUUCUUCAGGUGGGCCUCGGAGCUCAGCAGGGACAGCAGGGAGGUGUGGAAGCGAGAGGUCGAAAGCAGGAGGGAAUUUCUGCUGGAUUUCUCGACCCAUUUCCUGGCCUCUCUCUUCCCCGGAAUGGACGAUCUGCCGCCUGAUUUUGCCACGAGACUCCCCGACAAGUUUGACGUCGCCCUGCCAAAGGUCACAGAGGAGAACAUUGAGCAGCUGCGACUACUAUUGCCGGAACUAUCGAACUAUCUGGUCGUGGGGAAGGUGGUUGCUGUUCCGCCCCUUCUGCACCAUCUCUACUUAAGCCAGCAGGAUGAGUUGGUCACACGGGCAGCAGUGAAGAACAAACUACCCGAUACUAUCCAUGAACUAUCCAAACACAUCCGACUUGACAGUACAAGCCAACAAGAAGAAGAAGAAGAAGAAGAGGAAGGAGGAGGAGGAGGUAUCUUCUCUCCCCCUCCUCCUCAUCCUCCUCCUCCUUCUCUCCCGUCACUGGAGGAAAAAGAGGAGGAGAUUAUCGCUCUACAAAUGCAGUUAGGAGCAGCCCGGGUUGAAGUAGAUGAACUUAAGUCACGGCUAAGUCAAAUAAGUGAACUUAAGUGUCAAGUCACCGCACUUAAAACCAAGGUCCAGAGUGAGGGCAGUUCCUACCUCACUUACCUCUCUCAAGUGUCUGCUACUGUCGUGAACCUUCUGCUCCAAACCCAGGAGCAGAGUGAGUCGGAGCUCCAGGACGCACAUGACCAGAUCUCAGACGCACACAGGCAGAUCAGCGCGUACACGGCACAGCUGGAGGACGCACACAGGGAGCUGGAGGUGUACAUGGACCAGCUGCAGCAAGCGUCUUCCCAGAUCGAGGAGAUGAGGGAGAGAGGGAGGGAGGAGGAGAGGAAGAGGGAGGAGGAAGAGGAGGAGGAGGAGGAGAGGCGGAGGAAGGAGGCAACACUGAAGGAGGAGCAACUAGAAGGCAAAAUUAGAGCGAGGAUCGAGGAAGAGAGAGAGAGAAUCGAAGCGAGCUAUGUCGAGCGAGAGAGGAGCGCUGUGGAGCAGGUGGAGCGAGCCCUAAGAGAGAGACUAGAACAGGAGACAACACAGGCCAGAGAGGAGGAGAGAAAGAGAGCGAGGGAGGAAAUUGAGCGGGAGAGAGCGAACAGGGAGAGAGAGAGGGAGGAACUUCUCUCCAUCGCACGGAGGGAGAAGGAGGAGGAGAUGGAGAGAAAAAUGGUGGAGUUGGUCGAAGACGAACGCCGGCGCCAUAAACAGGAGAUUGACACGAUCCGAACGCGUUUCAAGAUCAUGACCACCACCACCGCCACCACCACCUCCUCCUCCCCCUCCUCCCUCCCACCCUCCUCCUCCUUCUCCUCCUCCCCUCCUGCUCUUCCUCCUCCUCCUCUUCCUCCGUUUGACCUCCUCCCCUCCAGCCCCUCCUCCUCUGCGUCUUCAAGAUGGGAGGGUCUGGAGCGGCUGAGAGAGGAGAUAGAGAGAGAGAAAGAGAGAGAAGUGAGCGAGAGAAUAGAGCGAGUGAGAGAGGAGGAACGGAGGAAACUGGAGGAGCAAAGACAGAUGGAGUUCAGCGGAGAGUUGGAACAGGUCAAGCGUGAUAAAGAACGGGUCAUCGAGGACCUGCGGAUCAAGGUCAACCUGCUUACGGAAGAACUGGAGAGAAGAGGAGGAGGAGGAGGAGGAGGAGGAGGAGGAGGAGGAGAGGAAGAAGGUGGAGGAGGAGGAGGAAGAGAAUUGGUUGAGGAGAACUUGGAUUUGAAGGUCCGAAUGAAUGGUCUCCAGCACCAGAUUCGCAGCCUUGAGAAUGAACUAUCCAAAGCCAAGCGCUGCUCCUUCGUCUCCCAGCCGCUGACUUCUACUUCUACUACUACUACUACUACUACUGCUACUACUACUACUACUGCUACUAUUACUACUGGGACUGCUACUACUGCGUCUGCUGCCACUUCCAUGAGCUGCAGUGAGAUCCGGGAUAGUAUGGGGGCGGUGCGGCUGGGUUCCUGCUGCCCGGGCGACCAUGUGCUUGUGGCGUACGAUUCCCGGCAUUCCCACUUCAGGAUCGUGGUGGAGAACAAUCUGUACCUGCAUUUUGUCCACUCUGAUUCCUACUCCGCACUGGGCAUCUCCAGAGAUAAUCCACAACAGAAACUUUACUGCGCGGCGGAGGUUAUAAGUAAGGAGUUCUGCCAAGCCAAAAAAGAUGACAACCGAUUCAGAGUCCCCAAAGGUACUAGAUUCUACCGUGUUGUAGUGAAGCCCUGGGAUAGUACUAAUAGUAGUAGUAGUUCGGGUACUACUUCUACUACUACUACUACUGCUACUACUACAACUGCAUCUGCUACUACACAGUCUAGUUAAGAAGAAGAAGAAGAAGAAAAAAUUUAUAUAUAUAUUGAAGUACUUUUUAAUAGGUCAGGUAUUCUGUUGAAGUUUUUACUCUCUCUUUCUCGCUCACUUUCUCACAUUAAAGCUAGCUCUAACCCAGCCUACCAUGCAUGAAAUUAAAGCUACACCAUUCCUCUCCCUAACCCACCCACUAUCUCACAUUAGAAUUGUCUCACAUUAGAGCUAUUUCACUUUUUCUGGCCACAUAUCCAUCACCAAUACUGUAUUAUUUUUUUGUUACUCUCUUUCUCGCUCACUUUCUCACAUUAAAGCUAGCUCUAACCCAGCCUACCAUGCAUCAAAUUAAAGCUACACCAUUCCUCUCCCUAACCCACCCACUAUCUCACAUUAGAAUUGUCUCACAUUAGAGCUAUUUCACUUUUUCUCGCCACAUAUCCAUCACCAAUACUGCCUGAUUUCUUUGUUUCUCUCUCUUUCUCGCUCACUUUCUCACAUUAAAGCUAGCUCUAACCCAGCCUACCAUCCAUCAAAUUAAAGCUACACCAUUCCUCUCUCUAACCCACCCACUAUCUCACAUUAGAACACUCUCACAUUAGAGCUAUCUCACUUUUUCUCACUACUUCUCCUUCACCAAUACUGUCUGUUAUAUUUGUUCCUCUCUUUCUUGUUCAUUUUCUCACAUUAAAGCUAGCUCUAACCUAAACUACCAUGCAUCAAAUUAAAGCUACACCAUUCCUCUCUCUAACCCACACACUAUCUCACAUUAGAACUAUCUCACAUUAGAGCUAUUUCACUUUUUCUCAUGCUAUCUUUUCCAUAUACCAAUUAUUGUUAUUUUAUUAUUAUUAUUAUUAUUAUUAUUAUUAUUAUUAUUAUUAUUAUUAUUAUUAUUAAGUCACUUGUAUUGUAAGUAAAUGACACAGGGAGUGAGAAUUUGUAAGUAGUAGUAGUAGUAGUAGUAGUAGUAGUAGUAGUAAUAAUAGUAGUUGUAGUAGAGGGAGGAGGAGCAGGAGGAGGAGGAGGAAGAAGAAGAAGAAGAAGAAGAAGAAGAAGAAGAAGAAGGAAACACUACUACUACUACUACUACUACUACUACUUCUACUACUACUUCUACUUCUACUAUUAUGAUUUUGGGUCAAUAAAAUAAGAAAUUAGAGAUAGCUUGCUCUCUCUCUCUCUCUCUCUCUCUCUCUCUCUCUCUCUCUCUCUCUCUCUCUCUCUCUCUCUCUCUCUCUCUCUCUCUCUCUCUCUCUCUCUCUCUCUCUCUCUCUCUCUGUAAAUACAUAGUUAUAUAUUUCUAUGUGUGUGUGUGUGUGUGUGUGUGUGUGUAUGUAUGUGUGUGUGUGUCUGGGCUUAUGUACGUUUAGUUUGUAUACCUGCAUAUAUAUAUACACAUAUAAAGACGUA